UAGACACAGAUCUGUACAUUUUAUAUGUAACAUUUACACCCUCCUCUCUAGUUAUAGGUCAGUGUUACUGUGAGUGACAAGGUGAGUAUGUUACUCAGUGUCACACACAUCACUGAAGGACCAGAACCAGUUCUUUGAGUAUUGGGCUGACUCACGUGUGAUCAACAAGAUGAAGAUUGAAAGGAACCAGAUUUCAGACAUCUAAAAAUGCUGACUGGGGAGGAACAAAUGGAGUUUGAUGAAGUUGCAGUUUAUUUCUCGGAGGAGGAGUGGGGCUGUUUAACUGAAGAACAAAAAGAGCUUUAUAAGAAUGUGAUGAUGGAGAAUUACCUGACCCUCCGGUCUCUAGGAUAUGUUCACCUGAAACCUUUACUUGUUACACAAAUUGAGCACAGAGAACAGCUGUAUGUGUGUAGUUUUCCAAUUACCAAAGAUGAUGUUAAGACUGAAGUCACUCUUAAUGCUGAACAGACAAGUGAUCUGUAUCCAAAUAGUCAUCUGGAAGCUAUGAAGCAGGAAAUCAGUGACAAUAUCAGUACAGGUGAUGUUAAGACUGAAGUUACACUUAAUGCUGAACAAACAAAUGUUCUGUAUGUAAAGAGUCAGUGGGAACCUGUGAAGCAGGAAAUCAGUGACAAUAUCCGUACAGGUGAAAUAACAAACUGCAGUUAUUCUAGUUAUGGACAGAUUGCAGAUGCUUCUUUUAAUCUUUUUCAAAAUCAAAUAACCCACGUGGGAAAUAUAUGUUCUGAAUGUGGAAAAUGUUUUUCAAAGAAGUCACAUCUUUAUAGACAUCAGAAAAUUCAUACAGGAGAGAAAGCAUUUUUAUGUUCUGAAUGUGGGAAAUGUUUUACCUGGAAGUCACAACUUUAUAGACAUCAGAAAAUACAUACAGAAGAAAAGGCAUUUUCAUGUUCUGAAUGUGGGAAAUGUUUUUCCAGGAAGUCACAUCUUUAUAGACAUCAGAAAAUUCAUACAGAAGAAAAGGCAUUUUCAUGUUCUGAAUGUGGGAAAUGUUUUAAUCAGAAAUCAAAUCUUACUGGUCAUCUUAACAUUCAUACAAGACAGAAAAUAUUUUCUUGUUCUGAAUGUGAGAAACAUUUUUCUAGCAAAUCAAAUCUUAAUAGACAUCAGAAAACUCAUACAGAACAGAGAGCAUUUUCAUGUUCUGAAUGUGGGAAAUGUUUUACUUUUAACUCAAAUCUAAUUAGCCAUCUAAAAAUCCACACAGGACAGAAAGCAUUUUCAUGUUCUGAAUGUGGCAAAUGUUUUGCGAGGAAAUCGGCUCUUAUUAGCCAUCUGAAAAUUCAUUAGGAGAGAAAGCAUUUUUAUUUUCUGAAUAUGGGAAAUAUUUUACUUUUUAACUCAAAUCUUAUUAGGCAUCUGAAAAUCCACACAGGAGAGAAAACAUUUUCAUUUUCUGAAAGUGGGAUCUUAAGAAUCUGCAGCUCUAUAACACUACAUACUUACAUACUAGUGAAACUAGUAUGGUUUAUCCUACUAGAUAUGCCAUAACAUAUGCUGACAUAUGCUCUGAUUCCACUCUACUGCUUUAUGCAAGCAGUUGAAAAUAAAGCACUAAAGUUCUA